AUGGCGGCUCAAUCCUCCUUCCCACCUCUCCAAUCCAAAAUCGACCUCAACGAUUCGCAAUAUCGGGCCAACCGGGAAACAUGGAAGACCGUCCUAGACAGAUUUGAGGAGGCUUUGGGGCAGGUCUCUGCCGAGGGCAACAAUGCGUCUAUAGCACGACAUCAAACCCGGGGGCAAUUACUGCUACUCAAAACAAACCGAAUCCUGGAAAUCGCCUUCCAGAAUGAUUUGCCCCUCAUUUCACUGGUACAAUCGGCCGGUGUCUUCCUCCCGCAACAAUUCCGAGUCUUUCACAAAGGCGGCCAACUAUUCCGGGAUCUCGCCGUGCGGACCCAACAUAGCAAACCCUCCUGCGCGCUCGUCUUUGGCUCCUCGACUGCCGGAGGAGCCUAUCACCCCGCGCUCUCCGAUUACACCGUCUUCGUCGAGAACCAAGGGCAGGCGUUUCUGGCAGGACCGCCGCUGGUGAAGAUGGCGACUGGGGAGGUGAUCGGGGCGGAGGAGCUGGGCGGGGCGAGGGUACAUGCCACGAAGACUGGGCUUGCGGAUCAGAUCGCGACCGAUGAGCUGGACGCAAUCCGCAAGGCCCGAGAGUGGGUAGCGACCCUGCACAUCGCUUCACACCAGACACUCGUCGACACCAUCGAGCCCUUACCCCCAAGGUACCCCAUUGACGACCUCCUAGGUCUUGUGAACCCCGAUAUCCGAAAGCCUUUUGAUAUGCGCGAGGUCCUGCUACGGUUGAUCGACGACUCGCGACUGUCGGAAAGCACCCCCCUGCUCUUCCUCCACAACGUCACUGGCUUCAUGGUCGGCGCCAAAGCCGAACACGCCGGCAUCAUCCGCACCGGCGCGCAACUCGUGGCCGCUGUCUCCACCUCGACCGUCCCGCACAUCUCCGUCAUCCUGGGCGCCUCCUACGGCGCUGGGAACUACGCCAUGUGCGGCCGGGCCUACGGGCCCCGGUUCCUGUUUACCUGGCCUAGCGGUCGGUGCGGCGUGAUGGGGCCGGAGCAGCUGUCUGGCGUGAUGGAGAGCGUGCAGCGGAGCAGCGCAGCAGCCAAGGGGACUGUGCUGGCGCCGGACGAGCUUCGGGCGCGGGUGGAGCGGUUUCGGAAGGGCGUGCAAGCCGAUGCAGAGUGUUAUGCAACAAGUGGGGGAUUGGUGGAUGAUGGAAUCAUUGAUCCUCGGGAUACAAGGGAUGUGGUGGGGAUGUGUUUGGAGGUUGCGGUGGGCGCUGGAAUUCAAGGUGCUGGGGGGCAUCUCUCCAGCAAAAUGACGGUACCCCAAAGCCCAGUCUCGCAACAUGCAUCCCCCUCGCGAUCCCCACUCUACGUGGCCUCGCCCCCCCUCGAUCAGACCACCGGUCGCCCGAUCAUCCAACGCAUCCUAAUUGCCAACCGUGGAGAAAUUGCUGUACGCAUCAUCCAAACCUGCCGCAAGGUCAACAUUAGCACCGUCGCCGUCUACGUUACAGAAGACGCCUCAUCCCGUCACGUCCGCGAAGCAGACACGGCCAUCUGCCUGGGGUCACUGAGCCGCACUACCGACAAAUCCCCCGCGCAAGAAGGAACCGACACAAGAAACCCCUUCCUCAACAUCCCACUCCUCAUCCGCACCGCCCUCUCAACCCAGUCCCACGCCAUCCACCCGGGCUACGGCUACCUCAGCGAGAACGCGUCCUUUGCAACCGCUGUGCGCGCCGCCGGCCUGAUCUUUCUCGGGCCAAGCACCGUCGCCCUAACCUCGCUCGGCGACAAACGCGCAGCCAAAACCUACCUUCGCAGGAACGCCCCUUCUGUCCCCUUAAUCCCCGGCUUUGUCGGGACCAGCCAGACCCCGGCUGACCUGAUUACUGCCGCAACGGAGAUUGGAUUCCCGGUGAUCCUAAAAGCCUCCGCCGGUGGCGGGGGAAAGGGAAUGAGAAUUGUCCGGGAGCCCUCACAAUUGGAAGCGGAGCUCGAGAGAGCGCAGUCUGAAGCGGAGCGGGCAUUCGGGCAAAGGGACUGUAUUCUAGAGAAGUAUAUCGCGGCCGCAAAGCAUGUUGAGAUCCAGAUUGUCGGGGAUGAGCACGGGACAGUUGUUGCAUUUGGCGAGCGGGAUUGCUCGGUGCAGAGGCGGCAUCAGAAGGUCGUGGAGGAGACGCCGUGCGCUUUUCUGACAGCUGACAUGCGGCGAGAGAUGUGUGACACUGCGGUAAGGAUUGGACAGCUGAUCAAGUAUGCGGGCGCGGGCACGGUGGAGUUUGUGGUUGAUGUGCAGACGCGCCGGUUCUACUUUCUGGAGGUGAAUGCCAGGUUGCAGGUGGAGCAUCCAAUUACGGAGGAGGUGAUGGGGUGGGAUUUAGUGGCGUUGCAGGUUUAUGUCGCAGCGGGUGGCCAGCUGAAGGAUCUGCCCGCGUUGGAAGGGGGACAGUGGAGAACCCCGGCGCAAGGCCAUGCGAUUGAGUGUCGACUUUGUGCAGAAGACCCAAAGAAUAAUUUCUAUCCGGAACACGGGAAGGUUCAGCUAUGGCGGCCGGCAGACGGGGUUUUGGGACCGGGGCGGGAUGUGCGGUAUGAGACGGCUAUCCAGACCGGGGCCGAGGUGUCGAUUUACUUCGACUCAAUGAUCGCUAAGAUUGUUGUCUGGGCGCCGACCCGCGCGCUGGCGAUUGAGAAAAUGAGUCGCGUACUGGCCCAGACGGCUUGUGUUGGGGUCAAGACAAACCAGCUCUUCCUGCAGCGCUGCCUGCUGAGUCCCGAGUUCCGAAAGCCGACGUAUACGACUGCGUUCAUUCCGUCAAACCUGGAGCAGUUGCUGCAGUUUCCAGAGGUGCCGCUGCAGGAGUAUUUGCCCCUAAUCCCUAGUCUGGUUAUUCGCAGUUUGGCACAAAGGGGGAAUACUCGUGCGCGGCCAUUCCAGUACAUCCGCAGGCAGUUCCGGAAUCAACACUGCGAUCCUGUCAACAUCCACUGUGACGUUGUCACAACCAUCACCGGUCCCGAGGCCGGGACAUCAAGCAUGUGUGUCUGGGAUCCACCGACGGCAGGCCAGUCCCCCAGCCUGAAACAUGCGCGACUCAUGCCUGUGCCAGUUGAGAAGGAACCCGGCGCUGCUACAGCUUCCUAUAACAUCAUCAGCAACACUCUCCGUCGUGCUGCCACGAAAGCUGUCACCCCGAGCGCCAUUCAUGUUGACUCCUUGCGACCCGCAGAGAAUUCUUUGGAUUCACCAACUCCCUCCAGCACAUUCACCAUGGAAGUAUCCGUUGACGGGCGCAGAAUUGUGGCCCACGUGGCCGUUCCUUCCCCUGGCACAACCACAGGAAUGGUCGACCGUUCGCAAAGAAUAUACUGCCACUUCCCAUCUCUUGGGACGUACAUGGAGUUCCAGCGGGACAGUCUGCUCUCGUUCACGGAGGGUCGAAGGAGGUAUGCAACAGCCGAAGAGGCGGGUAAGCGCACGGUAACUGCGCCGAUGCCCUGUAAGAUUUUGUCUAUUGAGCAAAAGAAUGGGGAUUCGGUGAAGGCGGGGCAGGUCGUCAUGGUGAUCGAGAGUAUGAAGAUGGAGUUAAGUAUCGCCGUGGCGGUGGAGGGGACGUUUCAGACAGAGUGGCGGAAGGGAGACGCGGUGGAGGAGGGAAGGAUCCUUUGUUUGGUGGUGUAAUUGUCUCUAUGUCUAUAGCUGGUUUGAUGCUGAGAUACGAUACGAUCAAUAUGCCUUCUUGCAGUAGAAGUAUCU